AUCAAGCAGUUACUUUCUCGGGGAUUCGUUUCACUGUAAAGUGUAAGUGAUAUAAACACGAUAUUCACCUGAUGUCGUAAGCCACCGAGGCUCGAGGUCUGUUUAUAUCCCCUGCAGAGCUCAAUAACCCGAUCCCCCGCCUCCAUGUCUAAGCAGUGCAGAGUACGAAGUCACGUGUACUGUGUCAGUCUUUAUUGUGCAGAAAAUUCCCAUGUCUUUGACCUACAUGGUCUGUCGUGUGUGGGCGUCCAAGGACAGGUGUGAGUGUGCGAGUGUCCCUGACUCCCUGCUGUGAUUGAUGGUUGGCUCCUCUCCCAUCUGCCGCCGCCUCAUCGGUCUCGCCCGUUCUUUCCACUGCGGCCACCUCGCACCAGUGAACCCAGAUGGAAAUAGAGUCACAAGGGGCCACAGGCCUCUGUGACACAGGUCUUUGUGCAAGACAAGAGCUCUUACCUAAAUAAGUACUAAGAACCCUUCAUACGCAACGCGGUAUUGAGUUGUCAUGAAAUAGAAGCCGACGGGCAAACUCGUUCCCCCUCUGCCGCCGCUGCCAAGUUCACGUCCCUCCCUGCACCCGUGCACCCAAAUCUGGGCCGGGGCCACCGGAGUGAGGCGAGCUUGGCCCCGGCCACCGCGGCCGGGCUCGCGGGCUGCGUCUGUGUUGUCAGAGGCAUCUCACGGUGGGUCGAGCACAGCCGGAUUCCUCCUCGGCUCCAGCAUCUGUGAACUGAUGCGGGCGGAAUGAGCACCGGCGGUUUUCGAAGCAAACAGGAAAUGAUACGUUUGCGCCAGGAAGUGGGCUGAUUAAUCAAGCACGGCAGCGCACUGUAGCAUUCAUUCCCUGAUGUAGUUUCAUAUUUAUUUGACCUCCGUCCGCUGAUGUAAACAGCCAUAUUUUGAUUGGCUGGGAACAAGGAUUGAGGUCCCUGCUCUCUUAUGGGCGGUUGUCAGUGGCGAUCAGGGAGUAAAUCAUCUGUGUCUCCCAUCUCUUCUUUCAGCAGAGGGUCCAAACAUCUUACUGUCGGUUCCUUUGGCCUGGAACCACCGGCUUUCUCAUGUUUCGCCAGGCAUUUAAGAGAUAAGGAAGGAAUUUGCAUCGCAGCAUGGCUCUCAUUCAUAAUCGCCCCAGAACCCAGCACUCCUUUGAUGAGCGUUUACAUUUGAACUAUAAACAGAAUUUCUAUUAAAAUCAUCUCCAAUUUCCGCCCGUGAGUAGCGUUUUUAACAAUCUGGCUGUUAUCUCAGCAUCUGCUAAAACGCUGUCCUUGGAAAGAAAGGUGUUCAAAAGUAGGGAACAAUGUCCCGCGUGUGGCGACCGAGGCUCUGUGUACAGUAACCGUUCUAACACCCAGCAGGUUAAUGAUAGUGGUGAGUUUAACGCGCUGCAGCGCUCAAAUGUCUCAUAACCUGAGCAGUGCCAAGCCCCCACCCCAAACACUUGACCCCUGCUGACGUAGGCCCUCCAUUUACAUUUAGGGACGCCGGCGCGCUCCAUUCCUAAUAGCAGUUCUAGGGUGGAGCGGCACAGGCACCGGGGAUAAAGUGUGAAACGUCAGGAGAAGCUUCUGACAUACAGCUGUUUCGAACCGUGCUGCUUCAUUGACUUUCCAUCUGUGGGAGCGCUGACUGUAGAGCUGGCUGCAGUCUAUGCAAAAGCCCUUUCGCCCGUCUUGGUUUUGCGCGAAAUCGGUGGCUCGCGGGGAUUUUUGCAUCACCCGGAUCCAUGAGUGCAGCGAAGAUGAACCCCGCGGGAGACGCCGGCAGCUUCGACCUCAUCCGAGCCUGGAUCGAGUCGCUGAGCGGCAAGAUGGACAAGCUGAUCCACAUCCAGCAGAAGGUCCUCAGCCGCCUGGACGGGAUGUCGCAGGACAUCGACGACAUCGAAAACGACAUGGAGAACCUGAAGGUGGACAAAGAGGAAAUCCACCUGUCCCCCGGGUCGGCGAACCCGGGCCCGGCGGCGGCGGCGGCGGGCGGGGAGGUGAGGGAGAUCUGCCAGGAGAUGAGCAGCAUCGUGUCGGCGGUGAACCGGCGCUCGGAGCAGCAGGCCCAGAAGCUGGAGGGGAUGGAGAAGCUGGUGCUCAGCAUGCAGCAGGUCAUCGGCUUCAUCGGGGAGACGGUGAAGAGGUCCCGGGUCGCGGAGCUGAUGUGCAAGGGGCCCGCGGCCCGAAAGGGGCCCCGGCACAAGGACGGCAAAGGGAAGCAAGCCAUUAGGAGGAAGUCGUCUGCAGACGCCAUAAACAGGAAGCCCGACAAGAGAACUACCUCUACUAAAGCCGCUAAAGGGAACGGAGAGAUAACUCCUGCAUGUAAGCACGGUGCCUUGCGGCGCUCUCGCAAGAUAAAGCACCGUGGACCAAAGCAUUUCCUCGCAUCUCGCAAAUGUGGAAACUUUUUGAAAGACCACAAAGGCAAAGAUGGGACAGAGAAAACAUAUACGAGCCUGAAGGAUCUGAGAAGUCAAAAGAAGAAAUUCCCAGAAAAAGCAGAUCACAUCCCCUCAAAGAAACAAGCUUUGCUGCUUGAAGAAGUGCAGAAACUCAACAAGGAAAAUGCAGAGAAAUCAGAUCGGCAGCUCACAUCUGCUCGGCAGGAUUCAGAGGCAAAUCGACAAGCUGCCUCUAUCGCUUGCGACACUGCAGAUUCACAGGUGUCCGUGGAUGAGACACAGGAGGUCGCAGAGAAAGGCAGCGAGGAGGAAGGUGGAGAAACCGACGGAGUGACUGCCGGGAAGGAAACCAGACAUGAUGUGGAGGAUGUAGUCGAGGAGAAAGCAGAAGAAACACAUGAAGCAGCUGAUGAGAUGGAGAAGAGUACUGAUCAGCACAACGAUGCCUCCUCAUCUCCAUCAGCAGAGCAGGAGGUCAAGGGCCCGAGCAUCAUGUCGUUCGUGACAGAGGAACAUUUCGUAGUGGAGGAAUAUGCACAAGGUCAGGAGUCGGAGACGAAGGAGACGGAGAAGGAGGAUGAGGAGGGUGAGCAGGGGCAGGGGUCCGAGGGCUGGGCCAUCUUCACCGCGGACGGAGUGGAAAUUCAGCUAAACCUCAAACAAAUGUUGGAGAAGCGCGAGAAGGAAAGCGCGGACGGCGCCGAGACGGAGGACGACGCCGAUGCCGAGCAGUUCUUCAUCGACACCGCUCCUCCUCCGGCGGCUCCGUUCUCCCAUCGCAUCGUGUCGGCGAAGCCCAACCAGAUCAGCAACUUCUACGCCAUCAACUGGCAGGAGGUCCUGGGCGGGGGUCGCUUCGGGCAGGUGCACAAAUGCGUGGAAAACUCCUCCGGCCUCACUUUGGCGGCGAAGGUCAUCAAAGCCCGGAAUCAGAAAGAAAAGGAGGUGGUGAAGAACGAGAUCCAGGUCAUGAACAAUCUGGACCACGCGAACCUGAUUCAGCUCUACGCGGCCUACGAGACGCGGAACGACGUGAUCCUUGUGCUCGAAUACGUUGGUGGAGGGGAGCUGUUCGACAGGAUCAUCGACGAGAACUACACCCUGAUGGAGCUGGACGCCGUCGUGUUCAUCCGGCAGAUCUGCGACGGCCUGCAGCACAUGCACAAAAUGUACGUCCUGCACCUGGACUUGAAGCCAGAAAACAUCCUGUGCGUGAACAGAGUCACCAAUAAGAUCAAAAUCAUCGACUUCGGCCUCGCCAGGAUAUAUAAACCCAGGGAGAAGCUCAAAGUGAAUUUCGGCACCCCGGAGUUUCUGGCGCCCGAAGUCAUCAACUACGACUUUGUGUCGUUCAACACGGACAUGUGGAGCCUCGGCGUCAUCACGUACAUGCUUCUGAGCAGCCUUUGUCCGUUCCUCGGCGACGACGACAGCCAGACUAUGAACAACAUCCUGGCCUGUCAGUGGAACUUUGAGGAGCAGGAGUUCAUAGAUACGUCGGAGGAAGCCAAGGACUUCAUCUCCAGACUCCUCAUCGUCAAUAAGAGUUGGAGGAUGAGUGCCUCUGAGGCCUUAAGACAUCCUUGGCUGUCUGAUCCAGCGCUUCACCAUCGCCUUCAUACAAAAAAAACCAUGUGCAGGUCACGACGCUCGUCAUGUGUGCCCUUGACUGACAGUUGAGAUAACAUCUGUGACGGCUCCAGCUGUGGCCACUUGGACCAACCCUUCCGUUCAUGUACAAAAGAACUAAAAUUCCCUCCAUGCUGUGGGCUGAGGUUCUUACUUACCAUAAACCCGACAUCUGAUCCACUUGUGUUGUAUUAUUGUAACCAAUAUACUAAGUUAACAUGCAAUAUGAUAAAAGUUGUAUUUGUUCAGGAAUGAAUAGCACAUAAUCCCAGUGAGUGCUACCUUUGGAUCUGUCACAUCAGAGAAUCCCCAGAAUGAAUCACUGCACAGUAAGAAGUGUGAACUUUUAAAAUGACCGUCUGGCUGUGCUGUGUUAGACACAUCACAUCCCUUCACUCACAAGUACCAAAUAUACUGUGUAGAUGACAUGAUGUCAAAGCAUGAGUUAUAAUAUGUGACUGUAAUAAUCUGCGUUGGUCUAUAAACAGAACUAGAGAUUUCUCAUAUAUUAUGAGGUCAACUGAAAACAAGGCGCUGAACGUGCACUGUGCAUGGGAAUGUGUGUGUCACAUGCUGUAGUAAGUGCACUUUACUGUAAUAUUUAUUUAAACACGCUGUAGAUUAUGCACACAAUCCCUUCAUAACACACCGUUAAUGUCUUAUAAGCUUACUGUGACCUUUCACCUUAUACUGUAGUUGCAUGUCUUGCUGCUUAAAUGUGACACCGUGACUUGUUAUUAAUCUUUUUUGUAAUUAGUACUGUAUGAUAUUAUUGAUGCGUAUAUAUUGUAGAUGCGUUUAAAUGCCUUCUGUGAAGGUUCAGUAACUUACCGAUUAUUGUACACACUGUAACCUGCCUUGGAUGACGUCUAGAUAGUUUUAUUGUACACAUACUGCAGUGUCCUCAGAGAGCGUUACCUAUUUCACCCACAGCAUGUCGUGUGUAGACAUCCAUUAAAGUGAAACUGUGUCUUAAA